AUGGAAGAAAAUAGAGAGGACUAUGGCCAUGUGGAGGGCAAGUUUUUGCUCAGCUGGACAGUGUUGUUUGUGGUGCUGGUUUUGUUGCCUUCAAUAUUGAGAGUGUCAUUGGGAAUUUCUCAUUUCUAUGUGAAAAUUGUAAUAAAGAUGUUAGAGUGGGCCACCCUGCAGAUUGAGGAGGGAGUUAAAAAGCAGAAGGCGCUGGCACUUGAAAAUUUAAUCUCCACUGGAAUCAUCCAGAGAGAGAGAACCUCCAUGGAAAAGGAGAUUGCUGGCCAGUGCCGAGGAUGCUUCAGCCUUGCUGACGUUAUGUACUUCUCCAAGAAGGGGUGUGAGGCAGUUGCAGAAGAUGAAGUCACCCAGCGGUUCUCUUCUGAGGAGCUGGUGUCCUGGAACCUACUCAGCAGAACCAACGCCAACCUGCACAGAGUCAGCUGGCAACUGACUGUUGUGUGGGUCAUUGGGAUCCUAAUUCGGUAUUGCCUUCUGAUGCCUUUUCGCAUCUGCUUGGCUGUUUUCAGCAUCCUCUUGCUGGUCUCGGCCACUACAGUAGUAGGACAGUUUCCAAAUGGCAGGGUUAAAUGCUGGCUGAGCAACCAGGUUCAGAUGAUGUGUGCUGCAUUAGGUGUCCGAUGUCUGAGUGGUCUGGUUCAUUUCCACAACAGGGAAAAUAGACCACGAAAAGGAGGGAUCUGUGUAGCCAACCACACGUCUCCAUUAGAUGUUCUAAUCCUGGCCAGUGAUGGAUGCUAUUCCUUGGUUGGCCAGGCACAUGGAGGUCUUAUGGGACUUAUUCAAAGAUCUUGCAUGCAAACCUCUCAGCAUGUUUUGUUUGAACGCUCAGAAAUGAAAGACCGUCAUCUGGUGAGGAAAAAAAUUAGUGAACAUGUUGCAGAUAAGACCAAAUUACCCAUUUUAAUUUUCCCCGAAGGUACCUGCAUAAACAACACAUCAGUAAUGAUGUUUAAGAAGGGAAGCUUUGAGGUAGGAGGGACCAUUCAUCCGGUAGCGAUCAAGUAUGACCCCCGCUUUGCAGAUGCGUUCUGGAACAGCACAAAGCAUUCCAUGAUGACCCAUGUUUUUAAUGUGAUGACCAGCUGGGCUAUUGUCUGCAAUGUGUGGUACCUGCCACCGAUGAUCAAAGAGGAAGAAGAAGAUGCCGUUCACUUUGCCAACAGAGUCAAGGCAGUCAUUGCUGCUCAGGGAGGAAUGUCUGUGCUUCCUUGGGAUGGGGGACUGAAAAGGAAGAAGGUCAAAGAGUCUUUCAAGGAAGAGCAGCAGAAAAAAUAUUGUCAGAUAGUAAUAGAAAAUGGAUCUGUGGAAAAUGGAAAUGUUUGUUAAAUGGUAUUUAUUUUAUAUAAUUUUUCCAUGACUUAUCUCCACCAGAAAAUGGUCUAUUAUUUAUAUUAAAACCAAUAUCUUUUCCUGCUGUCCCAGUAAGAUAUUUUGCAUAUGGCACAGCAAGGAAACCAUAAAGAGAUAGUAUUUUGUAUAAAAUAAUGAU